AUGGAAUUUAGUUUUAAUAUUAAAUUAAAUAUUGCCCUAUCUGAAACAAUGAAUAUGGACAUUUCUUUAGCUAAUCAAAAAUAUAUCCAUUAUAUUGUAAAGCACACUUUUAACAAAGACCUUCGUAUAAUAUCAGUAAGAAUAAAAAAUAAAUUACAGUAUGGUUGUUAUACUGAGAUUUUAAAAACGUUAAUUCUUUAUCAUAUUCUAUCAAGAGAAGGUUCUUCUAACAUUUUUACUCAAAUUGCAGAUUUAAACACACGUCCAAUAAAGAAAAUUAAAGAUAUCACAGACUUUGAUACAUCAAAAUAUUCAUAUUGGGUUUUUCAUUAUUUAUUACCCCUUCAAAAAUCAUUGUCAUUUCAUAGAAAAUAUCCAUUCUUUACUGGAAAAUUUACUCUUCCAAAUGGAAUAACUCUUCCCUCUUCACAACAAAAUACUUAUUCUAUCUCAGCUAUUCUUGAAGACCUUGUUAAUAUUUUCCAUUCUUAUAAAUCUUUUAUUUUAGAUUUCUUCAGUAAAAAAACAUCGAAUAUGUUAUUACACCAAAUGGUGUUAUUAAGUAUUAAAGAAAUAUUUGCUAUUUAUUCUUUAGUAAUAGAGCUAGCUAAUUAUCAUUCACUUUUAUCUCAUAUUCCCUUUGAACCAUCAUCAUAUCAAAUGAGUGGGAUGAAAUCAAGUCUUGACUUAAUCACUUCUUGCUCUUCCCAAGACAAUAGAUUAGCUUCUCUCAUUCAUUUGAAUGCUAUUGACCCAAUUCCAAUAAAUCCAAUCACAAAUAAAUCAUUUUUUAAGCGCUAUGGCAUUGAGAACAUAAUUUCUAAUGACCAACCAAUAGCUGAACCCCCAUUAGAUACAUCAAAUGAUACAGUAGGUUGUUUAAUUUUAGAAUAA